AUGGAUCAGCGUGAGGGCAAAGAGAGCGCCAUGUCGCGCAGCGAGUCUACGGUCAGCCGCCACACACCGCACACACCCUUCGGUCCGCCGGACAGCGUCAGCGUAGACUCCAACCCAAUGUCCACCAUAUACCGAUGCCGAGCACCCAUCGCGUCACUGGACUGUAUGGACGACUUCAGCACUCACUCCGCUCUGCACUUAUUUCAGCCAGCUAGCUGGAGCAAUAUGUCUCGUCAUGCAUCAGUGUACAUGGGGAACCAUGCAAGUAUGCCAUCAUCCGUGACUCCAGGACUUCGUUAUAAAAACUUGGGCAAGUCAGGGCUGCGGGUGCCCAACAUCGGCCUCGGCCUGUGGACUAAGCUCAACGAAGACGUUGCCGAAGACCUCGUCAUGACAGCUCUUGAGAGUGGCAUUAAUUUGUUUGAUUUAUCGGAAGCUCAUUACGCUCAAGGCGAAGUAGAUUUGGGAAGAAUUCUGAAAAAGAGGAACGUGAAACGAUCCAGCAUCAUUAUUACAAUAAAAGUUUAUUGGAGUACAAAGUCUGAAGAAAGAGGUCAGUCUCGAAAGCACAUUAUAGAGAGUGUAAAGUCGUCACUUGCGAAACUACAACUGGAGUACAUAGACGUUAUCCUUCUACAUAAAGUGGACCGCGUUUGCCCAAUGGAAGAAUUGGUGCGAACUAUGAACUACCUCGUGAAUCAAGGUUAUGCGAUGUACUGGGGGACAGCGCGCUGGACGCCAUCCGAGAUAAUGGACGCAUACUCUAAGUGCCGUGCUUUCAAUUGUUGCACGCCAGUUGUGGAGCAAACUGAAUACCAUAUGUUCUGCCGCGACAAGGCCGAACUAUACAUGCCCGAGCUGUACCAUAAAAUUGGAGUGGGCACUAUGGUGUGGUCUGCACUCACCACCGACAAGGGUUUGAGUCACGAGGAGUUGUCAGGACUAUUUGCCAAGUCUCGGUUUAACCGCAAAUACAGCACCUUUAGCUGGUGGGAAGAAGAACCGGUUGGCACUGAUAAACCUGAAAACAAGGAAUCUUCAACAUUACGUAGUUACAAGGACAAGCUGCAAGCUUUAUCAGACCUAGCAAACGCCUUAAACUGUUCUAUACGGCAAUUAUCUUUGGCUUGGUCUCUAAAAAAUGAAAACGUAAACUGUUUACUUCUCGGAGCUACCAGUGUUGAGCAAUUCAAAGAGAAUAUACAUGCUCUGCAGAUCGUACCCCAAUUGUCUCCUGCCGUGAUAGUCGAUAUCGAGAGAAUUCUCGCGAACAAACCUCAGCGCCCACCGAUGAUUUCCACAUUGGCCAUGAGAAACCAACAGAAUGCUAAACCAGAUGCUGAUGAUGAUGCGGAGACAUCAAAAGAAGAGGACGUAGAAGCCAACGUGGCGAGCCCCGAGAAGGAGGCUGACUUAAAGGGUUGUUCGGUUCAAUGA